CAAAGGUCAAGGCUACUGUUGUUUUUGUUGUGAAAUAUCCCGAAAUAUCCUUUUAAAUAUUUAAAAACGUGGUUUAUCGAUCAGGUAAACUACAGAUAUGAUGUUAACCUUGACGAUUUUAGCAUGUUUGUCAGGUUUGCUGAACAAUGUUGCAUGUUUAGAGCAAUGCGGCAGCAGACUCUGCAAAUCUGGUCAAGUGUGCGAGUCUGACAUUGAUGGUGGAACAUGUUACAACAGUACCUUAAAGGUAGAUUGUCAAGAUGGUAUUUCAUAUUGCUACAAACCAAGAAAGUGCUGUGGAGUAUCCACAUGCUGUCCCGAAAAUUCAGAUUGCUGCGGUUUCAAUACAUGUUGUCCGAAGGGUUCUGUGUGUUGUAGUCCUAACUACUGUUGUGAACGAGGAACUACGUGCUGCGGGUUCCAGACAUGUUGUGCAUCAGGAACACAUUGUGAUGGCGGAGAGUGUAAAAGAAACAGUGGCGGUCCCUUCAGGUGGUGGUACAUAUUUUUCUUCCUGGCACCCACAUUUGUACUUGUUGCGGUCAUCCUCAGACGAAGGAGAAGAGCAGCUGCACUGAGAGCUGCCGGUAUCAAACAGGAGGUAUGAUAGUGACUGUGCCAGUUCAGACAAGAGAACGUACGGUAUGAUCAGGGUCCAAUCAAUUACAGCAUGCCAGCAGGAGGGGCUGUCCCACCGUAUACACCCCAGACAGAUGAAAGAACUAUGCAGCCGAGUUGUCCCCCGCCACCAUACAGUGAUGUUGCAAAGCCACAGGCCUGAUGAGACAGAUAGACUUUCAUUGGGGCUUUUUUUGACAUUUAUUUCUAUGGAUGCCAUACUGAGUGUCAGUUUGUGAACAUGAGUGUUUGUUAAGGUAUGCAUGUUGUGUGCAUCAGUGCGUACAUGUACCAAUCCCUCCUGCAGUUUUCGUUUUUCUGCUUCAGAAAGCAUAAUACCACAGAGGGAUAUUCACUUUCUUUUGAACCUUGUUUUCUAAUGAAUUGAAUAUUAUGGAUGCCCUCCAGUAUUCUAGUUUGUUGACUUUAGUGUUUGUGUACAAGUUGUUGGCAAUCUCUCAAGCAGAAUUGGAACAUGCUGCGAAAAGCAGUGCAACAUUCUGAUUGAUAUAUUAAACCCUUAGCCUGCUGGCGGCAAGUGAUUCUGCCUUUGCGACCAGUGCAGACCAAGAUCAGACUGCACAUCCAUGCAGGCUGAUCAUGGUCUGCACUGGUCGCUAUUCAGUCAGUAUCUUUUUGGAAAGCAUCCCUUUUAACAGUUAAUGGUACUGUCCAAAUUGAAAGAUGGAUCAGUUCAUUAUAGAAAUUUAGUAGGGUAAGGGUUAACGUAACUUUUUAAUAUAUGUAAUCUCAAUUUGCUUUGUUUGAAAAGGUCUGUAAACUUGUUUCCAUUCAAGAUGACAAACAUUCAUGUUUGUUAAUUUUUGUUCUUGGUGUUGUUUUUUUUUACAUUAUAUGUGGGAAUUCAUUAAGCAUAUGUUUCGGAAUUGAAAAAUCAUUAAAAAAAUCAGAAAGCAUAUGAUAAAAUGUUGAAUACUGGAUAGGUGGAAAUAAUGUGAACCUGCAAAGUAAAAAAAUUAAUUUCAUCUUCUUCCAUUUGAUACCAUCUAUUGAGGGGAGCAGUAAUUGGAAUAUGGUAAAAAUUGCAUUUCUUUGCUAACAAAAAACUAAAAACCUGUGCAGUAUGUUAUAUUGGAAAAAAAUACCGGAAAAGAACAUUGUAUAAUUCAAGUUGUUUUUCUAAAUACAACCAAAUUUAAUAAGGGAAAAAUAUCAUAACACAUAGAAGCUGAUGCUAAUGCAUAAUACCUUCUCCCCUAAACUCACAGCUGGAGUGGAAUCUUCAGAGAGUGGAUAUGGCACUAAUGUACAAUACCCUUUCCCCAAAAAUUUUAUGUAAAGUAGAAUCUCCGUAAUAUCAGAUCUGUAAGAAGAACCUUUGGAAGCAAACUUUACUAUGUUUGUCUGUUUGGAAAAGGGUUAAAAUGUCGAAGUUUGAAGUGGGAGAAACAUAUUAAAUAAAUGAUAUGAAUAUAUGAAAAAAUAUUGCAUUUUGAACAUUUUAUAAGAGACUAAAUCUUUUUCUUAAAUAUGCCAUGUUUACAUAAGGAAGAAAGCAUUUUUAUAUGCCUGCAAAAAGGGAUCAACUGCCACAACUGGCAGACGGUAUGUAUCCACUAAUUUAAAAGUUUUUCCACUCCCCUAUUAACCAGUGUUCACCAAUUUUGGUCACAAUGUUUAUGGGUAUAUCUUGGACAAGUUCAGUAACCAACUGGAUUGUCACAGAGUCUGAAGUACGACUCUUGAAUAAGUGAAAAAUUGUGAAAGUAGACAGUGUUCAAAUUUGAAAUUGAACUGUUCUUUUACUUUAACAGUAACUUUCAGCAAAUAACAAACUAAAUAUAUCAAGUAGCAAAUGGACAGAAAAAAACAACAAAAAUUUAAAUAAAAGACUGUUAUUCUACAUACAUUUCAUUUGGAAAUUAUUGCUAAAAUGUUAUUCUUAUAUAAUUAUUUAAUAUUGUACUUUAUACAAAAUAUACAAUGCAUAUAUCAUGUUUUGAUGCUGUGUAUGGACAUGACUUUUUUUGUGUCUGGGACACGUGUCAUGCAAACAGGAGUUCAGUUUAUGAGAUUGUUGUAUAGAAUGAUUUUACAGAUUCUUGCAAUAGAAUUGAUUAUAAUAUAUUGUAAAUACACUAGGAUAGAUAGAUAGAUACUUUAUUUUCCUUCAAUAUACAUGAAAAGCUGAACAAAGUAUUCAGUAUAAAUCAAAAUUUCAAGUAUCUGUUACUUGAAUAUCAGUAAUAUCUAUGUAGGAAACUGAACUCCUUUGGGUAUUUCUUGUCUGGUAGACUUCUUUCAUAUUGUAGAUGUACUAAAUAUUUUAUAGAAUCUUAAAAUAGC